GAGAGAGAGAGAGAGAGAGAGAGAGAGAUUUUAUACAGAACAAUGCAUAACUAAAUCAGGAUUAGGUAUCUCCUAAACAGGAACGUUCCGGAGGGCGGCUACAGCUCACAUGAGCGAGGCGAUACGUUUGGGUUCUUGUUAUCAUACGUUUGUAGUGAUCAUAUGCAGUGCUGCAAUCGAUAUGGGCAAGGAGUCGUUCCUCAACUCUUGACGGAGACACAUCACCUCAAAGCUCUAUACAUAUCGCAGUGUGAGAUGGCAUUACAGCCCUGUGAAGUUAUGCAAGAUCAAGCGACUGCCUGUGCAAAGACAUAUUUCGUUCAGCCAGUUUGUGAAAUGAAUUGCCUUCCAUUGAAGGAAGCGGCCUGCCACUGCCGCCGUGAAAGGAAGAGAUUGCGUUUUGCGAUAACGUGUGUGAUUGCCGGACUUCUUGCAGGCUUAGGAGUCGGUUUUAUAAGCCGCUCUUCUGGCAGUUGCCUCGCAGGAGGAGCAGCGGGGACGACGGGUGGGCCAAUCACAUCCAGCAGCCUACCAGAAACUAAUUCGUCGACCGCAGACCUCUCCGACCCCCACGAAGCCAUCGCCGGCAGCCCAGCAGAAACAAAUUCUUCGGAAGCAGUGACAGACUUCUCCGACCCCCACGAAGCCAUCGCCGGCAGCCCAGCAGAAACAAAUUCUUCGGAAGCAGUGACAGACUUCUCCGACCCCCACGAAGCCAUCGCGCGGGAAUGGCGGAACCUGCGCCGCCUGGGCUGCCAGCCAACGGUGAUUAGUGUGGACGUGCUGGGCUUGCUUGGGCCUCGAGAUGACUUACAAGACAAAGACUUCAGUCCAAAGAAACUUACGGUCAGACGCUGCUUGGCGUCACAGAGCUUCUGUGAGGCGAAAGGACAUAGUUGUUUUCCUACAGAGGACGGCGUGAGGAAGAAGAAAUAUGCGGUGGAAUUCCAAGAAAAAGGCAAAAACCAGACUCGUUGGAGGGAAACUUGGGAGGAAGUCGCGUGCGAGUGUCGUCCCGUCGGCUGAGGAACACGGAUUCCUCGCUUCACCUACUCUGCCAAUUUGGGUGUUCGUUAGAGGAAUAUAAUUACCUGUAUAUCAGGUACAGAAUUUGCUUACUUUUCCAUUACGGUUAUGAUUCAUAAGAAUGUACAUACAAAGUAGGCUAUUAUUUAUUAUAUAUAUUUAUUAUCUGUAUAUCUAAAAAGGCAAUUUCAAAGUAUUACUGUACUUAGAAUUCUAUAUUUAUUUGUAAGAAUUGCGUUUUUGUGACGAAGAAUUCUCUUAUAAUAAUUUUUUUCUCAAACGAGAAUAGCACACACGAGAGUGGACGUGACAGAAACAUGAUUAUCCGGUGAUGUGCGUUUAUUGUUUAUUAAUUUUAUUAAUAUAAGUUUAUGAGAAUUACAGACGAUAUAAUUAGAAAAAAGUUUAAUGAUAAAUUGUAUGUUUCACCACUUAUUGUAAACUUCUGUUUCUAAUUGCUGAUAAUUACAAUUUGAGAGAAAUAAAAAAAUAAAUGACUUAUUUUUGUUUUUUAAAUCUCAUAACCUGUUUAUAAUAAACCAUCUCAGAAGCAGCGUCAAAACUGACAUUAAACAAUAACAAUAGCAACAUAGACAAUAUAAGUGUCUGUGAUUCUACACUAUGUGAAGUAAACCCAUACAACGUAAACGAGGCAUAAUUAUAUUUAUUUAUCAACAAGGCGUUCACAUACACACACACAAGCACGCCUAUACACAUCCAUACAUACAAACGCGCACAAACACACGUAAAUACACGCAACCAAACAUAUACUUCAUAACAGCUAAUGACUUUGCCUUUGAUACUGUGUCUUUUGUAUUGUAAAUCUUUUAUAAAUAAAAUGCAUAUAAAAUGAA